ACAUGGUCCUGUGGUUCUGAAAAAUCUUCAUGAUGAUGUGCUGUUCAUGAAGGCACUAAACAGUGGAUGCAGGAGUAACAUAUAUAGAGUUUGUGGGCAUGGCUGGUAUAUUCCUGUGGAAAUGCGGAUGACAGAUAAUAUUCUUAUUACUCCUUACCAUUACAGCUAUUGAGGAGCAGAUGACUGAGAAGAUCUUCUGAUGAACUUUCAGCUCCUAGUCUGUGAGGAGAGCAUAAUUAUUAGCAGAAGAAUUCCAUAAUGAGCACUUCUGUAAGGGUUAACUACACCAAUGGUUACAUAGUAGAGUUUGUGGAAGCAGGUAAAGAAGCCUGCUCAAGCUGGUUACUGCUGCCUGCAGAGAACCUGUGGGCGACAUGGCUGCGUGGUAUACUCUACAUCCUCUGUUUGCUUUGGUUCUUCAUGGGCAUUGCCAUCAUCAGCGAUGUCUUCAUGUCCAGUAUCGAGGUCAUCACUAGUAAGAAGAGGAAAGUAUUACGAUGGGAUGAAACACAACAAAAGAAAGUUGAAAUCGAGGUGCUCAUCUGGAACGAAACUGUUGCCAACUUGACAUUGAUGGCAUUGGGUAGUAGCGCACCAGAGAUUUUACUAGCUGUGAUCGAAACAGGUUUACGUCUGGGACAAGAUACUGGAGACGGUUUAGGAACAUUUACCAUCAUCGGCAGUGCAGCCUUCAAUCUUCUCAUCAUCACAGCAAUUUGUAUAGUUAGUGUUCCAGCGCCCAACGUGAAGAAAAUCCGUGAGUUUGGGGUGUUUGGUGUGACAGCUGUGUGGUCACUGUGGGCCUAUAUAUGGAUGCUGCUAGUUGUACAGUACAUCUCUCCAGGAGUGGUGGAGCCUUGGGAAGCUUGGGUCACCCUGGGUUACAUGCCGUUGUUUGUGUUUGUCUCCUAUUGCCAGGACAAUGGUUGGUGGUGCAGAAAAAGGAAAGUUGAUGAUGACAUUGGAACAGAUUCCACCUCUGAUGACCCUCAUGUUCGAGUUCUUACAAACCGACAGCGUACAGGCUCCUUCAUGGGCCAUCUGCCAAAGGAACUGGUUACUCUGGAGGCGGAAAAGGCUCAUAGGCUCAGCAUAUUCUCAUUGACCAAACCACCGACAGAGCCAGGGGAGAAAAUAGUGUAUGUGGCAUCAGUAGAUAAUAACAGUGUUCGCAGAGCAAACCACGACCCAGAAGCGAACAUUAACUACUGUUUGAAGGAGCUGGACGAGUCAGAGGACACAUGUAGUGAUGGUUCAAAAGAUCCAGAGACAGGUUCUAUCAGGAAUGAAGACAGGCCCCUUAGGAAACGGGCUCAUGAGGAACCCAAGGCUUUCGCCAGAGCUAGGUUCCGCCAUGCUGCAGUGUAUGCAAUGACAGGACGGCAUAUGAAACCUGUAGAGAAAUUCCCACACAUGGCUGAUAUAGUUCACCAGAUUCAGGCAAUGUCAGAUUAUGCAAAAACUGGCAAAGUAUCAGAUGAGGACCUUAAUACUUAUAAUAAGAACCUCUGUGGCAAGUUCACCUUUUCUUCAACAAACUAUGCGGUGAUGGAGAGUGCUGGUCUCCUAGAAAUAGAUGUCUUAUUUCAUCGCAGAGUUCCGCCAAGGGGAAUGUGUGUUGUGAACGGGGGUACACUUUUGGCCAGAAGGUCUUCAAAGGCAGCCAUUCCAGCUUGGUCACCAACUCUUACCGAAGAAACCGAGUUCAUGGGCCCACCGAAGGAUGGAGAGGAAGAUGUGGUCAAAAAUAUUGUCGCAGUCGACUUUGAAACACGAGAAGGUACUGCCAAACUUGGCAAGGAUUUCACUCACACCUGUGGGAAAAUUGGGGGUUCUAUUGAUCUUAUAAAAGUCUGUGCCUUUGAGGUCUUCCUGGAAAAUGAAUACAGAAAGAAGAUUGCCAUCCCAAUUCUGAAAGAAAAUCAUGAUAGUGAUGUUGACUUUUACAUCCUGCUGAAAAACCCAGAAGGAGGAGCUGGACUAGGGGACCCCAGUGUGUCAAGGAUCACCAUUAUAGAUGAUGAUGGUAAGGACAUCAUUGUACUUACAUCUUCUUUGUGA